AUGAGGGUCCUCGGCCUUCUGGGGCUCAUCGCACGCCUGCCGUUUGUUGACGCGGCCGCGGCGCGCGGCGCUCUCUUCCCGAGAUCGGGCGCUCUCACCGUCGCCGCCGAACUGAGGUUGGGAGCGAAUGCACUCACGUCAGCCGAGAUUGCGCUGCUGUCGAUGAAGCUUCGGCGGGAUUGCAAUGUCGCAGCGCUCUGGAGCGACGCGGUGCCGACUCUUGCCGAGGUGUGUAAGGAGCAAGCGACUGCAGCCACAGACUUUCCCGGGCCGCUUCCCGUGGUGUUUGCGGGCGCCGCGUCAGAGGUGGGAAUGGCGGUCGCUGCCGGAGCAAGUGCGGUGGUGUUGGCGCCUGCAAACGCGGCUGCAGAGGCCCUCGGGGUCGACGUGCUCUGGCGGGUGAGCUCGGCUGCCGAGGUUGCUGCGGUUGCUGAUGCUGGCCACGGCAGCGGCACGUUCCUCGUUGAUGGCGAGGGCGCAGACGUGGGCGACAUUCUUGGUGCCAUACCACCCGAGGCGGCCGCGGUUGUAGCGAUCUCCGCGAUGCAGGCCGACAAUGAGGAGGUGUCCCUCGGGCGCCGGCUCGCCGCCGCUGGCUGCCGCUCCCUCCUCGUGCGCGGCGCGUGCGUUGGCGACGACGAGGACGUGGCGUACACGCGCUUUGUCGUGGGCGGGCUGACGUCCAAGAUGAGCUCCAAAUUCAAGAUCGACGGCAGUGCAACAUCAGUGUUCGACUAUGGCGACUUUGCCGAGACGAUCCUCCACCUGCGGCGGCCGAGUGUGUUUGUGUGCGUCUGCUCCGCUGCCGCUCAGCCAGCCGAAUGCAUAGCGUCGCUGGCAACCUUUCGAGGCCGGUUUGGCGACGGACGCGUCGUCGCAAUCAAGGGAUGGAGCCUGAAGAAGCUGCCGCACCAGGUCGACGAGGUCGCCUGCGAGUUUGGUCUGACGGACGUGUAUUGGCAAAAGAUGGGCACUUCUGACGGCAGUGAUGCUAGUGCCGCUGGCGAUUUGCGAGCAGAGCUUGGCAUCCCUGGCAAUGCCACCGUCUUUGGCCGAUAUGGCGGUCAUAGCAGCUUCAACAUCCCGUUCGUGCACAGCGCAAUCGUCGAGGUGGCGAGUGCGCGCCCUGAGCUUUACUUUCUGUUCGCCAACACGAAGCGUUUCAGCACGGCCAAUCAGCCAAACCUCCUAUUCCUACCCUCCUUGAAGGACGCACACCGUAAGGCGAGCUUUGUGCGUACGAGCGAUGCAAUGCUGCACGCGCGUCAUGAGGGAGAGACGUUUGGGCUCGCAGUGGCCGAGUUCAACGUCGCUGGUAAGCCCGUAAUCACCUCGAGUGAGGCACACGACAAUCAUCGCGCUCGCGCCCACCUCGAUGCGCUCGCUGGCAACGGCCUGCUCUACCACGACAAGGCCUCGCUGAUGGGCAUCUUGCUCGGCUUCAAUCGCACAGCCGCCCGCGCCAAGGACUGGCGUGCGCCAAAGUACGCUGAGCUCACGCCCUCGAGGGUGAUGCAACGCUUCGAUGAGCUGUUUUUGCAGGGGGGGUAA